CCAGACCACGGGUUUGGAGCUGGAGCCCCACUGGUGGAAAGAACAUCACACCUCUCCUGCCAUCAGCUGGACCAGCUGGGAGGCAGAGAUCCUGGCUCCAUUCUCUCACAGAGGAGAAAGCUGGGGACAGAUGCCAUCCUCUUCUCUCCCCUAAACCUCACCGCCAGCAUCAUCAGUCCAAGGCAUCAACCGAACAUGGGCUGUGGCUUCAUUGCAAGGACAGAACGGGGAAGCAGGACACCUCUUGCCCCCAGCCAAGGCUACCUGUCCUUCAGGCAGCAGUGUCCAGAGGAAUCUGCAACAAAGGAUGUGGGUCACAAAGCUGGGAACAGGGCUCUGUGUCUCCAGUGAUCCAGUGGGCCCACCAGCCAAACUUACAGGCUAGGCAAUGUUUCUCCAGUCUCUCACAUCUUUCCCUGUCUUAUGCCAGGCUCCUGCGUCUCACAACAACACAGAAUGACAGAGCACGAGGACUUCAUGAACUUGGCUGGGUACUGGAACUCCUCUGACAAUUACCAGUUCAGCCCUGCCAGGGUUAUUGUCCCUGUGGUCUUCUCCCUCAUCUUCCUCCUGGGCACAGUGGGCAACAGCCUGGUGUUGGCUGUGCUGCUGCGCAAUGGACAGAGGGGCCACAACACUACCAACCUCUUCAUCCUCAACCUCAGCCUGGCCGACUUCUUCUUCAUCGUCUUCUGCGUGCCCUUCCAGGCCACCAUCUACUCCCUUGAGGGAUGGAUCUUUGGCUCCUUCAUCUGCAAGGCUGUCCAUUUCUUCAUCUACCUCACCAUGUAUGCUAGCAGCUUUACUCUGGCUGCUGUCUCUGUGGACAGAUACCUGGCUAUCCGUUAUCCGCUGCGCUCCCGGGAGCUGCGGACCCCCCACAGUGCAGUGGCAGCCAUGGCUGUGAUCUGGGGCCUCUCUGUGGUCUUUGCUGGGCCCUACCUAAGCUACUACGUCCUGAUUGAGUGGGAGUCCAGCUACAUUUGCAUGCCUGGCUGGGAGGAGUGGAGACGCAAGGUCAUGGACACCAGCACGUUUGCCUUCGGCUACAUCAUCCCAGUGCUCGUCAUCAGCCUCUCCUACACCAGAACCAUCAAGUACCUGUGGACAGCAGUGGACCCUCUGGAGGACAUAUCAGAGUCCAGGAAGGCCAAGUGGAAGGUAACCAAGAUGGUCAUCGUUGUAACCAUCCUUUUCUGCCUGUGCUGGCUGCCCUACCACGUAGUCAUCCUCCGAUACCUCUAUGGAGACUUCCCCUUCAACCAGGCCACCUACGCCUUCCGCCUGCUCUCCCACUGCAUGGCCUAUGCCAACUCCUGCCUCAACCCCAUCGUCUAUGCCCUAGUCUCCAAGCACUUCCGCAAGGGUUUCAAGAAGGUUUUCAGCUGUCUCUUGAGAAAAAAGCACCACAAUAAGGUACGUGUGGUGCAUGUUGCCCACAUUGUGCCUGGAUUUGAGGCAGCUUCCACUGAAGUGUCCCAGAUGCACAAGGAGAUUAAUAGGCAUGAGAUGGACCCAGCUUCCGUGGCAGUCCCUUCUGGUUCCUCCAAGCCCCUUCAUAUUUCUUAGCGGCCAAACUCCAUUUGCCAGUUCAGCUCUGUCACCAACUUCAGGCCACUCUUUCCUACUGGGUGAGAGGGAAUGCUGGAAAGGCAAGCCAGAAACUGCUAAACACUGCUUCUGCCCUUGUCGUUCCUUCCCAUUCGAUGCACCAACAGUUCUCUUGAGCCAUCUCCCCACCAGAUGCUGAAUGCGAGGAAAGGAAUUGACCCAGGCUCACCCUGAUCCUCAAACCGCCUGGAUUCCAAGGAUUAAAGCUCCAGCUCCUGUCUGGGCUCUCAUCCAGCAGAAUUCCACUGCUCCAUGGCCCCACAGAACUGGGUCCUGUGCACAAGGGGAGCAGUUCAAGAUGGAGUCAAGGCUCAGGGGAGAAACUCAUGUUGUUUUAACUGUGUGCCUUUUUCUCUUCCUCUGCUUUAAAAUCAUCUCCCUCCGGGAAAGCUUUCUCAUUAAAAUGUUCAGAGAAAAGACGCAAGUGGCCAGAUUUAAAACAGUGCCAAACACGGAGUCCCUUCUGCCUCCCACUGCCCCAUGUGGCCAGACUGGCUCCCACAGCAGGAAUGGCAAGGGAGAAGGGCAGUGCCAAGGUGGUGUGGGAAGCACCUGGCACAGCCUGUGGAUGGCUGCAGGGAUGGCUUUGGUGCUGGUGCAUUGCUCUCAGUGACUGAGUCCUCCUCUGGGAUGUGGGGCAGGCCAGGGGCUCUCUGUGAGGGAAGGGAUGUUGCUGCUUUACUAGAGACAUCUUUCUAACCCAGAGCAAAUAAAUGCACUUCCUUCAUCCAGGCAAUAGUGGGGCCUGUAUUGGUUACCUGGGGUGCAUUGAUGCUGCCAGACUCAGCUCAGGAGCAAACGCAGCAGAGGAAACCUCAGGCUCAGGAGAAGGGGAAGGCAGCUGCUGCCUAAGGCUGGUCCCUUAGUCCCACUGAGCCUCUAUUAACGAAACAGGAGCUUCCCCUUCCCUUCCAUUUUGAGCAGUCUGGUGGGCUGUAAAGGGCCUUGGCAGGAGAUGGGGCUCUCUGGGGCUCCUAAUAGUUGUCCUGUGUGGCAUCAUCAUGUGGUGCCUGUGUCAAGACCAAUGUCACUCAUGCACAGCAGGCACUCCUCCCCUGGCUGGUCACCAAGGACUGCUGUUUCUAGUUCAGGCUCUGGGGUCAUGAAUAGGUAUGAGUUUUCCAGGAAACAAUUCCAGCAGAAGCCCUCUGCAUCCCAUUCUUCAUCAGUGUUAGUGAAGUUCUGCAGCUACCAUGCUUGUGCAGGUAACCAUACUUCUGCAGCCAGCCAUACAGUCUCCAUCUGCUCCAGCUCAUCAGUAAACACCUUCUCUGCCUCACCUUCACCCUUAAGGAACCAAGCUUGAUUUUUCUCUGCUUGGAUCAGAUCAGCUUGGAUCAGCUGUGGUCUUUAGCAAAGCUCUAGUUACUGCUAGGGCUUUCUUACCCAAACUCUUCUCCUGGGAAAAAACAAAACAAAACAAAACAAAACAAAACAAAAAAACAGAAAAAGAAUUUUCUGUGACGGAGUCACCAAGCAAGAACUUACCGAACGGGGAUGCAUCUGCCAUUGCUCAUUGGUCCUGCUGGCAAAAGCACAAACAGUUGUAGAUGAAAGACGAAUGCUGAAAGGCAUUUUAGAUUUUUUGCUGUCUGUAGGAAGGUGACUGCAGAUUUUCCAGGGAAUUAUCUGAAUUUAUUCUCCUGUGGGAUUCACUCCAUCACUACAUCCCCGAGAGGAGAACAUUGUGUCCCUCAACCUCGUUCACCUAAGCCUGUUAUCUGGGUCGACCCUGAGGCCAGCACACUGAGUUAAACUGCUAAGGGCAAUUUCAGACACUUUGCUGUCAAGCUAGAGCUGGAAGUUACCUGGGAGUUGAUGGGAAGAGACAAAGUGGGAUGGAUGGAGUUGGGGCCUGGGGUAUCAUCCCUACCGGGGAAGCAUACAGCCUCUACUCACCCUGUAUACAAACAGUAGACCUUCAUCUGCACAUGCUCAAACAGAGGAGAAGCUUUUCCUCUCAGAAUAAAAUCCACAUUUGUGUGCAAAGAUCAAAAGUAAGCAUUUCAAAAGAGAUGGCAGCAAGAUGGAGAAGGUGCAUCAGGAAAUAGUACCUAAGUCUUCUUAAACACAGAAAUGCUCUCCAAACCGAUGAAAAUUCAGCUUGCAGCACAAGAAGAGUUCCUGAUGUGCUCAGACCAGG